AGGGAAAUCAGUCUGACUGUGUUCUUCAUCCUCGCGAGAUCCAAACAUGAGGAUAAACUUCGUGAAAUAAUUUGUUCAGCGUUCAUUUUUACUCUGGCUAUUCUAUCGACAAUAAUACGUCGCCCCAAUACCAAUGGCGCCUCGCAGACUCCCCAAGCGUCCCAGACAGAUCCGAGCAACCACAAAAGUCUUCCAUUCCCCCCCGGAAGUCCGAAAACCCUUGACGAAGAGUCCAAUCGACUCCAAAAUGACUAACGUCGUGAGAUCCCCCGAGUCCCUUCGUUUUGAGGGGCCAGAGCCCCUCUGCAUCAAAGAGUUGAGCCCCAAAAUCGUCCCCAGAACCCCAAAACUCAAGCUCAACCUCGACAUCCCCGAGGAAGAUCCCGAGGACGAUGUCAAUUACCCAAAAAACCAAAUGGCCAUUCUCGAACGAACGAUUUCCAUCGACAAAGUCUGCGACGAAGCAUCCUUUCUGCGAGAUCACGUGACCCCCCGCCAUUUUGUGAGCCCCGAAGGAGCGGCGCACCACAAAAUGGCGUCGUUAAACCCCCAUAAUGACCAAACAAGGGCAUUCAACACGGAAAACAAGAGAAACGAUGAAAUACUCGGCCACAUCUCGAUCUGUCCUCUUCCGACUGCCGAUUCCGAUCUCCAGAGGUACUUUGACGCCCCAGAGGCGGCCGGAAGUGACCUCAACAAGCUGAAGACGUUGAAAAUUUCACGAGAAGUGAAAGAACCAGAGGACGACGACAAAAUUGAGAGAUCGAGCUCAGUCGAGGCGAAUCGGCACUCGUUGAUUUCUUCCCUGACUUAUCAACUCUCUUCAGCUUCCAGCGAUCAUAACGACGAGUAUUUCAAGGGCGGGGAGAGGACACCGCAGUCAGACAAUAUUUCAAGACCAGGAAUCGAUGGAAGUGACGAGAAUUUAUCGAAUGGUCUUCAACAAAUGGCGAUCGUCUGUCAGACUGACGAUUUUUCUUCAAAGUCUUCGGUUGAGUCGAUCGACUCCCGGGUGAACCCUGGGAACGAGCGUUUUGAUUUGACGUUCAGGUCGUCGCCGCCCCCCAAGAGGUGCAGGACGACCUUGAAGUUUGAUGAGGUGAAGAUACCGACUGAGGAGAGGAGAAAGACUGGGGUUGGUGAUCUGAAAUGUGGGGUUGGAGGUCUUGAGGAGAUCGAGGAGUCCCAGGAGGGAUCGAAGGUCAGUUGGGAGAGUUCUCUGGGGUCUAGAGGAUCGGUGGCCGCGCCCAAGGUCGUCGAGUCCGGGUGCAAGACCAUUUGCGUGACGAUGGAGUCCAGUGAUCCUCAGGAAGACGGGGAGAACCACUCGAGGACUGAUAGCAAUAUUGUUGAAGCGCGGGGGCUCUGGGUGAGGAUCAGGGGGCGCUGGGCACCCCUGGAGAGGGUCCUGGCGGCCAUCGAGUGGAUUGGGAGGAAGGUCCUGGGGGCUUUGAAGAGGGCGUACAGAAUUGUCUUCAGGGGGGGUUUUGAUUCCAAGGAUGGGAGGGGGAAUUCCGCGGAGGGGGAGCUCGGGGAGGUCGUCGAGGUCGUCAGGAAGGAGAAUGAGAGGGUAGUUGUGGUGGUCUCGGAGAAGAUCCAUUGCCUCUCGAUGGAGUUGGUUAAGGCCUCUGUGACGAACCAAGAGAGUCUCUUAGCCUUGACCAAAGAUGUCGAGACAUUGAAAAACACAAACGAGCAGUUGCUGAGUUGCAACGAGACCCUGAGAACCGAAUUACGGGCGCUAGCGGAGGCUCUCGACACGUUCAAAUCGAAUUUGAAAAUUCCAGCAGCAGUUGGCCCUUCUAUUCCUCCACCGCCCCCGCCUCCACCUCCACCUCCCCCGAUGGGUGGACUCAUCGGUCCUCCACCUCCCCCACCCCCUCCCCCCUUGCCAUCGUUACUCCUGAAGACCCCGAGAACGCCGUUCACGUCGACGAAGAAAUCACCGGCGAGAAAAUGCUCAACUCCCCUGGAGGGCAGACCGUCCAUCACCGUCGAGGAUCUCCUCAAGGUCACCCUGAAGAAGGCGCCCCAGCCGCAAAAAGACCCGGCAAGAACCCCACUGACUGCCAAGGGCCCAGUGGUGUCCCUGGACAUGCUGAGAAGUGUUAAGCUCAAGUCUGCCAGGCGCAGAAGCGCUGAUAGCACGAAAUCCCCUCGCAGAGUUCAUCCCUACAAACCCAGGAACACUCAGAGUUUAACAUUGUCACCGAUAUCAGCGAGGGAACGCAGUCCUCUCCACCGAAUUCUUCGACAGGUCGAUGGGACUCGACGGGGACUCAGGAGAACGAUGAGCCCCACACGGAGCUCUCAGAGCGAUCACGAGGCCUCCAGGGAGGGCAGGGAAAUCGACGCCAGGUGCAACAGAUCCCACUCGGUCAUCACAUGAUGCAAUCGACGAAUUCUUUUAUCCACUGAAUUUAGGAUUAGGGAAAAUUGUACAUAAUAAUUAAUAAUUAAUGAUUACUAAUUAUUUAAAAAUGGAUUUAUGGAGACUAUCGGACUAUUUCAAUGACUGUUCUCGAUUAAUCUCUUGGCGACGACGAGAAUUUUAGUUAAUUUAUUCUUCGAAUGUUUGGAGACGUGGAUUUAUGAUUUUAUUAAAUGCCAGAAUUAUUUGGAAUGUGGAAA